GCGGCUGUUUACUGUUGCGCUUGGCAGUUAUAUUAUCAAGGUGUCACGGUGCGGUGCUGCACUCGACUAUAGUCAUCUUUAACAAGGGCACAGUCUUGAUGGAGACCGCACGUAGGCAAAGGUGGAAGGUGUUGGCGCUAAGCACUGUCAUUUUCCUUCCGUCCCUUCUCUACUGCAUCUCGUCCUCCUCCUCGUUCUCUCACAUUGCAAGUGGAAUCGAUAGACUGGGACGCGUUACUCAUGAGUCAUCUAAGGUAGAGAAACUUUACCCUGGUUGGAAGGUGCGUCUGUACACAAAUCCACGAUACAACGCAGCUACCCUGUGUCCCUUGCUGCAUCGCUACAACUGUUUGCUGUACAUCUGUGAUAUUGCAAGUCUCCCACACCCUCUCGGUAAUCUCUCCAACGUGCAUCCGAUGAUGUGGGGACUGGCACCUCUUGGAGAUUCUAAAAUAUCCGCUAUGUUGAUUCGCGACACCGACUCUCAGGUGACACAGCGGGAGGUGUCAGCGGUGGAGGAGUGGCUGGCAUCUGGGAAGAUGUUCCACGUGAUGAGGGACCAUCCCUACCAUAGAAUGCCCGUGCUUGGCGGGAUGUGGGACGCCCGCUGGGACAUCGAUCCUGCAUUAGCCACCAAGUUAAGAAACCUCAGGGACAAGAUGAUGGCAAUAGCCGUUGGUAAGGGGAACUACGGUCUUGAUCAACAAAUCAUUAAGAAAGUCCUGUGGCCGAAGAUGACUGGCAGUUUGGUGGCACACGACAGCUACAACUGCAAAUCAUUUAAGGGAUCUUCUCCGUGGCCCUCGCAGCGAUCGGAAGGAGAUUUUGUUGGAAAACCAAGACACCGUAAGAAAUAUGAGAACAUGACUUUACACACACCCUGUCCAGUAGCGUGCCGUCCCCCGGCCCAUCAAGAUUGGAUAUACUGCUGACACUUCUCCCUCCUGCUGCUGGAAGAGAUUCCUAAUAUUGUUUGUAUUACUUGUAUUGCUAGGAUAAAGCUUAUGUUGUAUCUUGAUGUGUGUACACGAGAGAGAGAGAGAGAGAGAGAGAGAGAGAGAGAGAGAGAGAGAGAGAGAGAGAGAGAGAGAGAGAGAGAGAGAGAGA